GAAAUAUCAUUUGGUGAAAUGUAACACCGAGCAUUUGUUACUAUUUGUGGACACAGACAGCUCACCAGGCACAACUGUUUCUAAAUUUAAUAACUGAAAGAAAAAGAAUAUACAAGGAGCGGAGGCAACUGCAUAAUUGCACUUGCUGUAUAAUCCCACUUGCUUUUCUUUCUGGAUGUAUUCCCAGAUAUGGCGACAGCUGGCAGUUUGCUUUCUAAGGAGCAGCUUCUUUGCCCCAUCUGUCUGGAUUUGUUCAACCAUCCAGUCUCUACUCCUUGUGGGCACAACUUCUGCAGGGACUGCAUAAACACAUAUUGGCAGAGUGCCAGUCUGUCACAGUGUCCCUUGUGCAAGCAGAAGUUCUACCUGAGACCUGAGCUCAAAGUUAAUUCCUUCAUUUCGGAGGUGGCUUCUCAGUUCAAAAUGACGGUGGAAGAGAAAGAUGAAAAUGAAACCAGUACUGUGGACCAAACUUCAGGCCAUAAAGGAGAAGUUUCAUGUGAUGUGUGCAUUGGAAAAAGAGUCAGGGCCCUUAAAUCCUGCUUGGACUGUUUGGCUUCCUUCUGUGAUGCUCAUUUGAACCCCCAUCAUAUUUUAAGCACCUUCAAGAAGCAUCACCUCAUUAAUCCAAUGAUGAACAUUCUAGACAGAGUUUGCAAAAAGCAUGAGAAACUCCUGGACCUGUUCUGUCACACUGACCAGAUGUAUGUGUGCCAGAUCUGCAUCAAGAAAGACCACAAGGCUCAUCACACUGUACCUAUAGAGGAUGAGAGCAGAGACAGGAGAGCUCAGAUUGCAAGGAUAAAUGAAGAAGUGGAAGAAAUGAUUGACAGCCGACUGCAGAAAAUCAGUGAGAUCAAACAAACUGUUCAGCUCAGCAGAGGAAACACAGAAAGAGAGAUUGAGGAGAGUUUGCAAGUCUUUGACAAACUGCUCCACCUUGUCCAGAGAGGCCAAGCAGAGUUGGUGGAGGUGAUUGGUGCAAAACAGAGGCAUGUUGAACACAGGGCCAGCGGGCUCAUCGUGGAACUGGAGAAGGAGAUCAGUGAGCUGCGGAAAAAAAGUACAGAGCUGAAGCAUCUCUCACACACUGAAGACGAACUCUACCUUCUCAUGAGCUUUCCAGCUUUGUCCACACUGCCAACCACCAAAGACUGGUAUGACACCUGCACAGAAAACACUUUAUAUGUCGGUGUGGUGAGCAGAGAAGUCAGGACAGUAGCAUGUCAGCUAGAUGAAACAGUAAAGACUGAGGCAAAGAGGCUGUGUGAGAUUGAAUUUCAGAGGGCUCAGCAGUGUGCUGUGGAUGUAACACUGGAUCCCGAUACAGCCCACCCCAAGCUGGUGCUAUCUGAGAACAAGAAACAAGUCUAUCAUGGUGAUGUAGCACUGAGCCUCCCUGACAACCCACAAAGAUUUUACCCUGGUGUGAGCGUUCUGGGAAAGGAGGGGUUCUCCUCUGGCAGGUUCUAUUAUGAGGUCCAGGUGAAAGGGAAGACAGAGUGGGAUAUUGGAGUUGGGCUUGAAUCCGUCAACAGAAAAGGAGGGAAUAUUCUAAAUCCUGAAAGAGGGUACUGGACCCUGGGGAUGAGGAAAGACAAGACCUGCUGGGCACUCAAUAGCACCCCUAUCCGUGUGCCACUGGUUGAGAAGCCCCAGAAAGUCGGGGUGUAUGUGGAUCUGGAGGGGGGUCAGGUUUCUUUUUACAAUGUAGACUCUGCCUCUCAUAUCUACUCAUUCACUGGAUACUCAUUCAGUGAAAGAGUUUUUCCCUACUUUAACCCCCGACGUAAUCAUGGAGGCGUCAACUCCGCCCCUCUGAUCAUCUCACCCGUCAGCGUCUAAAAUCUACUUGA